CCCCACCCCACCCACCAAACUCCACCCAACCCACCGGGAACGUGUCCCGAAAUUCCCAGAAUUGCCGGGGUUCCGUCGUUGCAGGCGCAGCAGGAGACGCAGCGGGCGGCGCUGCGCUACGAGCGGGCGGUGGGGAUGCACAACGCGGCGCGGGAGAUGGUCUUCGUGGCCGAGCAGGGCAUGGGCACCGGCAAGAACCGCCUGGACCCCACCUGGCAGGAGAUGCUCAACCACGCCACCAGGAAGGUGAACGAGGCGGAGCAGGAGCGGCUCUGGAGCGAGCGGGAGCACCAGCGGGUGACGCGGCUGUGCCAGGAGGCCGAGGCCGAGGUGCAGCGGCUGCAGAAAUCCCUGCGGCGCGACAUCGCCCGCAGCCGGCCCUACUUCGAGCUCAAGGCCCAGUUCAACCAGAGGCUCGAGAUUUUCACCGAUUUUCACCGAAUUUUCACCGAUUUUCACCCGGAUUUUUGGACAUUCCACGGAUUUUCACGGAUUCCCUCCUUUUCCCCCUUCUCCAGGAGCACAAAUCCCGGGUGAAUUCCCUGGAGUCGGCCGUGUCCCAGGCCAAGCUGCGCUACUCGGUGGCGCUGCGGAACCUGGAGCAGAUCAGCGAGGAGAUCCACGCCCGCAGGUUCCAGAGGAUCCUCCGGAAAAAAAAACUCCGGGAAAACCCCCUGGGAGCCGAGGGCGGCCCCGGGAACCCCGAAAUCCCCGGAAUUCCCAGAGAAAGCCACGGAAUUCCCGGAGAAAGCCGUGGAAUUCCCGGCGGAAACCCCAAAGUCAGCGGAGGAAUCCCCGGAAUUCCGAGAGAAGAUUCCAAAAUCCGCGGAGAAAUCCCCGGAAUUCCGAGAGAAAACCACGGAAUUCCCGGAGAAAUCCCCGGAAUUCCGAGAGAAAACCACGGAAUUCCUGGAGAAAUCCCCGGAAUUCCGAGAGAAAACCACAGAAUUCCCAGAGAAAUCCCCGGAAUUCCAAGAGAAAACUGUGGAAUUCCUGGAGAAAUUCCUGGAGAAACCCCCGGAAUUUCAAGAGAAAACCCUGAAGUCCACGGAAUUCCCGGAGAAAUUCCUGGAAUUCCAAUAGAAAACCACAGAAUUCCCAGAGAAAUCCCCGGAAUUCCUGGAGAAAUCCCUGGAAAUCUCGGAAUUCCCGGUGAAAAUCCCAAAACUCCUGGCGAAAAUCCUGGAUUUUCCCCUGAAAUCUCGGCUGGAAUCGGAAGAAUUCCCAGAAUUCCAGGCCAAAAUCUUGGAAUUCCGACUGAAAUUCCUGAUAAUCCUGGAAAUCCCAGAGAAAUCCCGGCCGGAACGAACAGAAUUCCUGGAAUUCCGAGAGAAAAUCCCGGAAUUCCCAGCGAAAAUCUUGGAAUUCCUGGUGAAAUCGGAAUGGGCAGAAUUCCCAGAGAAAUUCCCAGAGAAUUCCCGGCUGGAAUGGGCAGAAUUCCGAGAGAAAGCCUUGAAAUUCCCGGAAUUCUGAGAGAAAUUCCUGGAAUUCCGAGAGAAAACCCCGGAAAUUUCAGCGAAAAUCCCGGAAAUUUCAGCUCGGUCUCCUCGGCAACGUGCGGAAUUCCAAGAGAAAUUCUUGGAAUUCCCGGCGAAAACCCCAAAAAUUUCGGCGCGAUCUCCUCGGGAACGUGCGGAAUUCCCGGAAUUCCGUCGGAAACGCCCGGAAUUCCGCGGGAAAUCUCCACCUCCGGGGAUUCUCUGUCGCUGCUGAGCCUGCAGACCAUCGCCUCGGACCUGCAGAAGUUCGACUCCGUGGAACAUUUGUCGGGAAUUCCGGGAAUUUCGGGAAUUCCGGACGCGCUGAGCCUGCACAGCGAGGAGCUGGGGGAGGGGCGGGAGAGGCCGAGGGGUUUCCGGCACCAUCGGAGCGUCAGCCUGUGAGGGGAUGGUGGGAAAUUUGGGAAUUCUGAGGGGGAAAAUCCCGAGGAAUCCUGAGAAAUCCCAAAAAAUUCCGAGGAAAUCCUGAGAAAUUUGAAGGGAAUCCCAAAAAGUCACAAGCAAAUCCCGUAAAAUGCUGGGAAAUUCCGAGGGGAUCCCAAAAUAUCCUGUGGAAAUUCCAAAGAAAUCCCAAAAAAAAUCCAAGGAAAUUCCCAAGAAAAUCCCACAAAACCCAAAAAGUCCUGAAAAACCCCAAGGAAAUCCCAAAAUGUCCCAAAGAAAUCCCAUAAAAUCCCAAAAAAUCCCAAGGAAAUCCCGAAAAAUUCCAAGGUAAUCCCCAAAAAAUCCAAGGAAAUCCCGAAAAUUUUGAGAAAUCCCAAGGAAAUCCCAUAAAAUUCCAAAGGAAAUCCCAGGAAAAUCCCAAAAAGUCCCAAAAAAUUCCAAAGGAAAUCCCAAGAAAUCCCAUAAAAUUCCAAAGACAUUCCAAAGAAGUGCUGAAAAAUCCCACAAAUCCCCAGGGAGAUCCCAAAAAAAAGUGAAAAAUUCCCAAAAAAAGCCACAAAAUUCCCAUGAAAUCCGAAAAAAUUCUCACAAAAUCCUCAGGAAUCCCAAAAAUUGCAAAAAAAAUCCCACAAAAAUCUCCAAAAAAUUCCCCAAAAAAUCCCCCCCAGAAAUCCCAGGAAAUUCCUGGAGGAGAUUUUGGGAAUAAAUCUCUGGAAUUUUGGGGAUAAAUCCUUGGAAUUUGGGAUUUUUUUGGGAAUAAAUCCCUGGAAUUUUGGGGAUUUUUAGGUUUAAAUCCCUGGAAUUUAGGAUUUUGGGAGGGGGGGGAGGGAUAAAUCCUUGGAAUUUGGGAUUUUUUUGGGAAUAAAUCCCUGGAAUUUUGGGGAUUUUUAGGUUUAAAUCCCUGGAAUUUAGGAUUUUGGGAGGGGGGGGAGGGAUAAAUCCUUGGAAUUUGGGGAAUAAACCACUGAAAUUUGGGACUAAACCCCUGGAAUUUGGGAAUAAAUUCUGAAUUUUGGGAUUUUUUGAGAAUAAAUCCCUGAAAUUUGGGAUUUUUUGAGAAUAAAUCCCCGAAAUUUGGGAUUUUUUGGGGAAAAAAAUCCCUGAAAUAUGAAAUUCUUGGGAUUAAACCCUGGAAUUUGGGGAUAAAUCCUUGGAAUUUGGGGUUUUUUUGGGAACAAGUCCUUGAAAUUUGGGAUUUUUUGGGACUAAUCCCCUGAAAUUUGGGGAUCUUGGGACUCCCACCUCCCAAAAUCCCAAUUUCCCCCCAGAAUUCCCAAUUUUUUUUUUUUGGGAUAAUUCCCCUUUCCCAAAAUGGCGCCAAGAGCCCAAUUGCACUAAAGGGGGGGUCUUGGAAUUUUUGGGAAUUUUGGGAAUAUUUGGGGGUGGGGCUGUGAUGAGAACCCCCCUGGUUCGAGGCAGCCCCGGAAAUUUCCACGAAUUUCAUCCAAAAAUUCCCAAAAAAUCCUCCAGGAAUUCCGGGAAAAUUCAGGAAUUUGGGAAUUUUGGGGGGGGAAAAAAUCCCGGAAAAAUGUUGAUAUCAAUAAAAUUCCUUCUUGUUGUAA